UUUUGAAAGUUAAUUGAAAGUGCAAUGAUUGCGUGGAAUGAGGAAAUUGCUUAUUACCUUUGCUCUUGCCCUUCAUUUCGAAGAUAUCCUUGGCACAAGCGUGGGCGACGCACAGUAAAACAACAACAGCACAAUAGUUCAUUGUAGACAUGUUUCCUGGCUUCCGGUUGAUCGAGGAAUUCGGUAUUUGCGAUGUAUUUCCGCGAUUGUUCGCGCGAUAUUCUUCGUGUUAGCGAUGUUGUGUAAAUGCGGCGCGUCCAGCGGAUGGAUGGCAUCUCUUGCGGGGCAGAAGGAAAGCAUGCGCGUAUAUCGCGCCGUCGGAUCUUCGUGGAUCCUCUGGCUCUCCCUUCCUUCCUUUCUCGGUGCACGGUUCGCCGCCCCCGCGCCCUCGGCCAAGUGCCCGCUCGUUAUGCGAUAUUUAUUUGGAGCCCUUUUCUUGGCGAUAUCGCCUGCAGCCGCCCUUGGUUAACCGUUUUCUCUCUCUCUUGGCAUUUCCGUGCAGAGGAAGAGACUGAUGGUGGCCGAUUCCACGGUUUGCCGACCACCGGACCAUCGAUCCAACCAUCGUACCGCAGAUAUUUUAUUUCAAUAGAUUACGCCCAGGAUGUCCGGUCAAAAAAAAAGGACAGCCAAUUCCACCUAACCACGUUCUACAUUUAUAUAGAUACUCAUUCAUCCAACCCCAACUUUCAAUUAACU